UUAAUAAAAAGGGUUUCUUUCAUUUCCCAUGUGACAUCAUUUUGUUAAGAAAGAAAAGAUUAAAUAUCUUCCUAUCAAUUACAUUAAUUGGGAUUGCAAAACUGUUACAUUUGAUUGAGAUUCCAAACUUUUAUAUGUUAAUUCAAACUUCAUAAUGAAUCCAGUCGAAGAACUAAGUUGAUAUGUAAACAGAAUUCUUCAGUAUUCCAGAAUCUCUCUCCUCUCUCUGGAACUUUCUCCACCUUUCCUCAAUCUCCUACUCCUACUAUAAAUAACCACUUAAACUGUUAAUCCGCGCACCGAAAACAAAAGAAUGGCGUCAUCAAUUGCUUUGAGGAGGGGUAUCUGCAGCAGCACCUCAACUUCAACUCUCUUUACCCAGCUCCUCCGCCCCGCUUCUCUUUCUCGUUCUUUCAACACCAACGCUCAGCUCUCUAAUCGUGAUGAUGGUAACCGCAACGUCGAUGUUGAGCGUCGCUCUGAUCGCUCUGUCUCCGCCCGCCGUGCCGCUUCUUCCUCUCCCUCUUUCUUCCCAGACGUGUUUGACCCCUUUUCACCAACAAGGAGUCUGAGCCAGGUGCUGAACCUGAUGGACCAGUUCAUGGACAACCCUUUUUUCUCCCGUGGUAUAGCUUCACCAUCUCGCAGAGGGUGGGAUGUCAAGGAAGAUAAGGACACUCUUCUCCUGCGAAUGGACAUGCCUGGACUUAGCAAGGAAGACGUCAAAAUCUCCGUAGAAAACAAUACUCUCAUCAUCAAGGGAGAAGCUCAGGAAGAAUCAGAUGAUGAAGAGAGUGCAAGGAGGUUCUCUAGCAGACUUGAUCUUCCUCCCACCUUGUAUAAACUAGAUGAAAUCAAAGCUGAAAUGAAGAAUGGUAUCUUAAAGCUGGUGGUGCCUAAAGUGAAGGAGGAAGAGAGGAAGGAUGUUUAUCAUGUCCAGGUUGAGUGAAUAAAGGGGUUGUCGAGAGUUUUGUAUAAUAGUUUAAAAGUAGGGUACUUGUAGUUGUAGUUAUAUAAAUUGGCUUUUACGUUUUAGGUACUUGGAUUUGAUUUUAAUGUUAAAUGUAAUAGAGAAGAAGUUUGCUUAAAAUAAAUAUAAAUAACUACAAGUGCAGAAUUUCUUUAU